AAAGAUAAUGCUUAAAUGCAGAGGAGAGAUAGAGAAGACUUUUAUGUUACAGGGACGAAUUCUUCCAGUGGUGAUGAGUUCAAAGUCCAGGUGAAUACCUAUGAUACUUACCAAGCAACGCCAUCCAUCUUUGAUAGAUCUGGCCCUCCAAAUGGCGACGAGAGUUACUCUUACUACCAAGUUCCAGUGAUCAGAGUCUUUGGAUCUAUACCUACAGGUCACAAUAUUCUUACUCAUAUUCAUGGGGUGUUUCCUUAUCUCUAUAUACCAUAUGAUAACCAAGAUUGUUUCAAGUUUCAAAAAUUGUUGGAGGCUGUUAUGUCAGAGUCACUGAAGAGAAAGAAAAAGGAGCAGUCUGAUUCAAACGAGAAGCCAAGUGAUGAGGAUUGUAAGCUAUUCAAGUAUAUUGCACAUGUGUCAAUUUGCAAAGGUGUUCCGUUUUACGGAUAUCAUGUUGGAUAUCAAGCUUUUUACAAGAUUUACCUAUUGAAUCCAUCCUAUUCCAAUAGACUUUCUGAUUUGCUUCGUGAUGGUAAAGUGAAUGGAAGAAAAUACGAGUGUUUUGAGUCUCAUAUCCCUUAUGGUCUUCAAUUUUUAACUGAUUUCAACUUGUUUGGUUGUGGAUGGCUUAGGCUCAAUAGUUUGUUCAUAAGGACUCCAAUUCUAUACGAUGAGACUGCAAAGACACCAGAACUCGUUGACUACCUAAGUGGAUAUCAGCCAACGGAUAUGGAUAGAAUAAGCUAUAGUGCUUUAGAAAUUGACACCUGUGCACAAAAUAUUCUUAAUAGGCUUGAUUUGAAAGAGAGAAAUUUACACCAUGCAUUCGUGGAGAAAUUUAACCCACCGUCUUCAGAUAUUUAUGUUCAAAGUACUAGAGACCUAUGGAAAGAUGGUGAUUAUCAGAGGAAGUUGAAAGGCAAAGCAGAAUAUUCAACACCACCGUCUACUUCAAGAAGCCCAAAUGUUACCUGGGUCGAGAGUGACGAACAUUCGCAAUUAUUUGAGUAUGCAAAGAAGCUUAAUUCAACUCAAGAUGACCCAGAUUUUGGUACUUUCUUGAAAAAAGACACCUGGUUAGAUGAUAUUAAAACUGCUUUUGACUCAACCAUAGAAUUAUUUUAUGAGCCUGAACUUAAUGCUGAACCUGAAAAAGUUGACAGUAGUGGUGCUGAUACUGAUUUACAAAAAAGACAUGGUCUUGAUUCUAUCGAUGAAAGUGCAGAAAGCAAUGGGUAUUUCUCCAACGAUUCCAAAGAUGACUUUACUCUCAAUGAUAUAUCAGAUAUCCAGCUGACUCAGAAACUUACUACGAAAUUUUCGUUGAAGCGGAGGUACUCGGUGGCUUUUGACAUUCCAAGACUCAAUGAACCACCUAAAGGCAAUUUCAAGAAAAUUGGUUCAUUGCGAUAUUCUUAUAACAAGCCACCACCGGAAAAUCUUGACUUUGAGGCCAUUGGACUACCAACGAUAAACUAUGAUGAUCCAUUUUAUAUGAAUGAAGUCCCGAAACCAUUUGUUUAUGGUGGAAAGAAGUUUAAGCUUGGGUCAAAGAAACUAGGAAAUUUGGGAGAAAUUGAAGUGUUUGGAGAAUCAAUUUCAAAAGACAUUCAAAACCAGCUGAAAUCAUCACUUGACUGUUUCAAGAAAUGGAGGUACACCAAAGAACCACCCUCUUAUAAACAAGUCAAAGAAUACAUCCAUGAAAGUCAAAUAAAGUCUCAGAUUGGAGUCACCCAAAGGCAUAAGUACGCUGUACCCAAGACUAAUGAAAGAAGACCAGAUGGAUCCAACCAUAUGACAGUAUUGAUUGUUGAAGUACAUGUGAAUACAAGAGGUGAGUUCAAGCCAGAUCCUAAAAUGGAUGAGGUGUCUACAAUUUUUUGGCGCACAAUGAAUGGCUCAUCAUAUGAAGAAGGUGCACUCAUGUUCAAUUGUCCCCAAGUCAUUCCAAAUAUCAAGUGUCGGGUGUUUUCCAACGAGCUAGUUAUGUUUGAAGAAUUUGCUGAUUUUGUGAGAAAUUUUGAUCCCGAUAUUAUUGCUGGAUAUGAAGUUAAUUCAUCCUCUUGGGGUUAUUUGAUUGAUAGAUCUAGGGCCAUUUAUGAAUUUGAUUUUGUCCCUGAGCUCUCAAGGGUUCAUUUUAAAAGUCAUAGCAAGAUGGGUGAUCAUUGGGGCUACACUCAUACAUCUGCAAUCAAAAUUUGUGGUCGUCAUGUUCUUAACAUUUGGAGACCUUUAAGAUCAUUGAAUCUGCUCAAGUAUACCAUUGAGAAUGUAUCCUACCAUGCAUUACAUGAAAGAGUUCCACAUUUCACCAAUAAGACAUUGACUGAAAUGUUCUCACAAGACUUUCUAUCACUUGCAAGUCAUUUUUUGAAAAAGCUUGAACUUGACGCAAGACUGAUAGAGACACAGGAAUUGAUCACAAGGGCUGCUGAAGAAGCUAGAUUAAUUGGUAUUGAUUUUUAUGAUGUGUAUUAUAGAGGUUCACAGUAUAAGGUUGAAUCAUUUAUGGUUAGAAUGGCUAAAGCUGAAAAUUUUAUGUUGUCAUCACCAAGCAAAAAGCAAGUUAGAAAACAAAAGCCUUUAGAAUGUAUUCCUCUUGUUAUGGAACCCAUAUCAGCUUAUUACAAAAGUCCUUUGAUUGUUUUAGAUUUUCAGUCAUUAUAUCCUUCAAUUGUCAUUGCUUAUAACUAUUGCUACUCAACAUUAUUGGGAAGACUGCGAAACUAUUCAAAAAACUCAAAUCAGAUAGGUACUGGAUAUGUUAAACACCCACCAGGACUAUUGAAACUUUUGGAAAAUGAUAUUAAUCUCUCUCCAAAUGGGUUGAUGUUUGCUAAGUCAUCAGUUAGAAAAUCAUUAUUGGCAAAGAUGUUGGAGGAAAUUUUGGAUACAAGAUUUAUGGUGAAGUCUACCAUGAAAUUUUUAGAUGAAAAUUUGAAACAACUUUACCAUAGUCGCCAAUUGGCUCUGAAACUGAUUGCCAAUGUGACAUAUGGGUAUACUUCUGCUUCUUUCUCCGGUAGAAUGCCUUGUUCAGAUAUUGCUGAUGCUAUUGUCCAAACUGGUAGAGAGACUCUAGAUAGAGCUGUUGAUUUGAUUGAGAAUGAAGCCAGCUGGGGUGCUAAAGUUGUCUAUGGUGAUACUGAUAGUUUGUUUGUUUACUUACCAGGAAGAAGUCGAGAUGAUGCUUUUAAAAUCGGAAAAGAAAUGGCUGAUGCUGUUACUAAAAGCAAUCCAGAUCCUGUGACUUUAAAAUUUGAAAAAGUUUACCAUCCAUGUGUGCUGAUGGCAAAGAAAAGAUAUGUUGGUUAUUCCUAUGAAAAUGAGAAUUCGCCUGUGAAGUUUGAUGCUAAAGGGAUUGAAACAGUUCGACGGGAUGGUCAUCCUGCCCAACAGCAUAUCGUUGAACAAUGCCUGAGGAUAUUAUUUGAAACCAACAAUGUCUCUAAAAUUAAAGAGUUUGUUCAAGAUCAAUUCAAUAAGAUCACCUAUAAUAAAGUGUCUGUUCAAGAUUUUUGCUUUGCAAAAGAAGUGAAAAUUGGCUCUUAUAAGCAACCACCUCCAGGUGCUGUUGUCAGUACUAAGAAGAUGGAACAAGAUGCCAGAGCUGAACCUCAGUACAAAGAAAGAGUGCCAUAUGUUAUUAUUCAAGAGACAGGAUCAAUUUUAAGAGAACGGGCAAGGUCACCUGAGGAUUUUUUAAAGAAUAACUACAAGUUAGAUGCUGAAUACUACAUUGUCAAGACUUUGAUUCCCCCACUGGAAAGAAUUUUUAACUUGUUGGGUGUUGAUAUAAAACCAUGGUACACAGAAUUACCAAAACCUGCUAAAAAAGGUUCAAUCUAUAAUUCGCUAUGCCUUUCAUGCAGCAUACCCACAAGAUCAAAUCUUUGUCAAAGCUGUCAAAAGAACGAACUAAAGACCAUUUUGAACUUACAGCAAAGGAUGAAGACAAUCGAGAACAGAAUGAAAGAUCUAUUAGUUGUUUGCAGAUCAUGCUCAGGACAUUCAGUUGCUUGCGAGUCUCAUGACUGCCCUGUUUAUUAUGCAAGAGUUAAGGAAGGAAACAAGCUCAAGGAAGCAAUUGAUGUAAAGAAAAGAUUAGCAAAUGUACUUGAAUGGUGA